AUGUCGCUUGAUUCUGGCAAAAUGAUUGAAUACAUCGCAGACCGCCUGUAUCUGGCAUCCUAUGACUCCGCACCAAGCUCUAGAACGCACUUCCCAUUCCCUGCCGAGUCCUCCAAGUCCCCAAGCAAGCGGUCGCGUGCUCAACCCCCAGCUACACCUAGCACCAAGCGUCGCAGCCCCGUGUACUUCACCGUCGAUGAUACUCUCCUUUACAAUGCCUUCCACGCGGACUUUGGCCCACUCCACAUUGGCCACUUGUACAGAUUUGCAGUACUUUUCCAUGAGAUUCUCGGCGACCCAGCCAACAGCGACCGGCCCGUGGUCUUCUACAGCAAGACCGAUGCGCGAAGCCGUGCGAACGCAGCAUGCCUUGUUGCAUGCUACAUGGUCCUAAUCCAGUCAUGGCCACCCCACUUGGCCCUCGCACCGAUUGCACAGGCUGAUCCUCCAUACAUGCCGUUCCGCGAUGCUGGAUACAGCCAGGCGGAUUUCGUCUUGAACAUCCAAGACGUUGUAUAUGGAGUGUGGAAGGCCAAAGAGAAGGGUCUGUGCGGUCUCCGAGACUUCAACCUUGAAGAGUAUUAUCGCAGAUAUGAAAAGUUUGAGAGAGUCGAUAUGGGUGACUUCAACUGGGUGACACAAGAUUUCCUCGCUUUCGCUUCCCCUCAACAUCAACCCGUGGAGCCGGUCCCCGCAAACACCCCCGAAUACGAUGCCCUGCCCUCCACCAUCUCUGAGGUUUGCUCUGCCAAACUGCCUUUGUCAUUCAAGAAUGUCCUAGUUCACUUCGCGUCGCGGAAUGUGGGUCUUGUGGUUCGGUUGAAUUCGGAGCUUUACAGCCCGUCUUACUUCACAGCUAUGGGUAUCGCUCAUAUCGAUAUGAUCUUCGAAGACGGCACUUGCCCACCCCUACAACUUGUACGCAAGUUCAUCAAGAUGGCCCAUGAGAUGAUCACCGUGAAGAACAAGGGUAUUGCUGUUCACUGCAAGGCAGGCCUUGGUCGCACGGGAUGCUUGAUUGGUGCCUAUCUGAUCUACCGCUAUGGCUUCACUGCCAAUGAAGUCAUUUCUUUCAUGCGAUUCAUGCGACCUGGCAUGGUUGUAGGACCUCAGCAACACUGGCUGCAUCUCAACCAGGGCUCGUUCCGCGAAUGGUGGUUUGAGGACAGCAUGCGCGAGAAGAUGGCACAGUCCGCCCCUGUCACUCCUGCUCGUAUGUCAACCAAGAAGCGCGCAAGCAAUGGCGUUGUUUCCACACCUCCCAACAACACUCACUCAAAGCGCGCUGCUCUUGGGGAAAUCGAUCACAACGAAGGCGCUGCCAACCAGUAUGAGGAGAACCUCCCAGCUCCAACCCCCGGUCAACCCCGUAAGUCGCACCGAAAGGACUCUCGUCACCACCCUUACUCCCGCACCGCAUCUGGAUCACUAGCUGUGGAGCAUGAAGGACACAAGAGUGAACAGCGCAGCAAGGGCCACCGCCUCAGCAACGAGAGCAGUGAGAGUGACGAAGAGAUUCAGCUUCGUAUGUUGGCCAAGAAAUCAUCAAAGUCUCCUGUUGCAUCACCUACACGAUCCAUCAGCUACUCAGCAACUGUCACUGCCAGCUACACCUUGACAGAUGACAUCCAUGAUGAUCAGGAGAACUGGGUCGAAAAUGCCGCCCCCAAGACUCCUAUCAGCCGCAAGAGUGGUGGCGCCCCUAUUUCUGUUAGCAAGGUUCGCACCAGCCCCCGGCGGGCAACAGAUAGCUCCAAGGGUGAAUCCCGAGGCGUUCGCAAGCCCAGUGGUCGCAUCGGAAGCACAUCAAGCCCCGCUCGCGCUGUUCGACCUGUUCAAUAA